GCAUGGGUUGAUUGAUAUAAAGCACAACUAGGGGUUUGGGGUUUGAGUUGUUUGUUUAUGUCAACUAAAGCAAAGGCUACUUGUAUUAUGAUAUCCAGACACUUUUUGAGAGAUUGCAUCUAGAGUUUUUUUUGUAAAAGUCGCUAGUCCUGGCGUAAACUUGCAAAUUUACGCUGAAGCGAAGCUGCCAAAAAAUUACUCUGUUCGACCGGCAGUUUGGCGUCAGCUGCUGUUGCGGGUGGAUGUGCGUCGCUGUUUUUAGUGCUAUGAUUUUGAGUACCAGGUGACAUAUUGAUAUACUGAUUCAGUGUUACACCGAAAGUAAUGUCAAUCAGUGUGUGAAAUCGUUCUUUGACUUUUAUAUCCGUGAAUGAAGGAAGUGCUCGUGGCUUUAGUGUGCGCCAUUACUGCCACCUUUUGACAGCACUGCGUGAAGAAAAUAAAAGUCAAGUGGAAAGAGCUAAUAACUGUUGAAAAUGUUUUGCCCUUGCACUUUAUCAAAAAUGAAGCAAGGUUUGUGUAUGCUGUUGGUGCUAAUGGGCUGCUACGUGUCUGUAACACAUGGAGAUGGAUUGGGCUGUGAACGGACUGCUCGAGCUUUCGCCAAUCUCCAUCUUCCUGUUCUUGACAUUCCUCAGACAGACAUCCCAGGCGACCACCUGGAGAUCUGCUCGGCGCCGCGCACGUGCUGUACAGAGGCGAUGGAGCUGCAGCUGAGCGAACUGGCCCGCCGGCAGCUGGACGAUGCCGUCCAGCGCACGGUCGGGGAGGUGGCCGACGACCUCGGAUCGCAGGGCUCCAACUUUGACGAGUUUUUUCGCGGCAUGAUGAACGAGUCACGCGCCUCCCUGGACGCCAUGUUCAAGAAGACGUACGGCGUUCUGUACGAGCGCAAUGCGCACGUGUUCACCGACCUGUUCAAGCAGCUGGAACUCUACUACGCCACCGGCUCGCGAGACCUGGUCGACGUGAUGAACGAGUUCUUCACGGUGCUCUACAAACGGAUGUUCACCGUGCUGAAUGCGCAGCACACGUUUGAUGAUAAGUAUCUGCAGUGUGUGGCCACUCACAUGGAAGGCCUGAAGCCGUUCCGCGACGUGCCGGCCAAGCUGACCCAGCAGCUGAAGCGCUCGUUCGUGGCCACUCGCACCCUGGUGCAGAGCCUGCACACGGGCCACGAGGUGGUCAACCGGCUGAAAACGGUGACGGUGACCCCGUCGUGCGGCCGGGCGAUGACCAAGAUGGCCCAGUGUGGCACGUGCAGCGGCAUGCCGCGAGUGAAGCCCUGCCACGGCCUCUGUCUGAACGUGGCCAAAGGCUGCCUGGCCUACCACAGCAUGCUCAACAACCACUGGCACGAGUUUAUCGAUGGCGUCAGUGACUUGGUAACUCGUCUGGAGGGCCCGUUCAACAUCGAGUCGGUGGUGAAUCCCAUCAACGUGAAGAUCUCGUACGCCAUCAUGAACUUCCAGGACAACGGUUUCGACGUGUCACGCAAGAUUUUCGAGGGCUGCGGGGAGCCCAAGCUGCGGCGCCGGCGGCAGGCCGGCGGUGACGCCCCCUCCUACGACGCGCCCGACUUUAAGAGGGUUCAGCUGCAGACGUACUCGGACAGCGGCAUGGACGCCGAGCCCUCGCCGCUGCUGCGCGUCCUCGGACAAAUCCGCAGUCGGGUACGGCCGCUGAAGACGUUCUGGUACGACCUGCCCGGUCAGCUGUGCAAUGACCGCGACCUGGCCGCCCCGCCGGCCCGCAUUGUCAACUGCUGGAACGGCACCGCCAAGUACCGGUACGAGCACGCGGUGACCAAGGACGGUCCGGAGGCGCUCUCCGCCAACCCGGAGGUACCGUUCGACCCGCUCUACACCAACUCGGACGUCAAUGAGGCCAUCCUGGAUCUGAAGCGCGCCACGAUGCGCCUGCGGGACGCCUACAACGGGCAGACUGUCACAUGGGAGCAGCCUGAGUCGUCGUCCGACGCUCACGGCGUGCCGCUGGAGGCCGGCUCCGGCUCCGGAGACGGCGCCGGCUACGACGUGGACGCCGAGAUGGACGACGACGACUACGACAGCCUGGAGGGCUCCGGCGGACGUGUGGCCGACUACGGCGACUAUGACGACGAGCCGACCGGUGACGGCGACUUUGGACGCGGUUCAGACCUCGACAACGACUACGGAAACAACCUGGACAACACGGUCGACUUCGAGACGGUGGAGGACACCAAUCGGCUGCCGGACUCGACGGCCGGCGACGGCCUGCCGAGCGGCGCACACCGGCCCAGGAUGUCCUUCGCGCGCGCUGUGACCAUCCUGGUGUGUCCCACGCUGGUGGCCUGGAUAGGCACGUUCAUCUAGCGCGUGGGACGGGCUGUAGCGGCGAUAGGCUCUUUCAUGCAGCGCGGCGCGUCCUGAGCGCGGCAGGCGGCCGUCGGCCCGGCGCGUCGGCCCCUGCAGCCGCCGAGGACGGCCCAUCUAGUCUGAGCGUGUCCGGGCGCCGCCGGAGCCGGACCGGACCGGAGCGGGCGCGGCGCGGCCGCUGGCCGCCCACGCCACAAGACCGGUGAUAUUAGAAUCAAGAGACGUACGAGCUAAGAGGUGGCCCUCGCCCCGCCCGCGGUGCGCCUUUGCGAAGCAGCAGGGUUCGGCACGCGCCGUGGGUGUCAGUGUUUGAGUUGUAUUUUUUUACUUUUACAUGUGACCUGUUUACAAUCUUUUUCAAUCAUUGAAUGUAACGAGAGAUUCUGGGGUUUCUUACCUUCAUAAUUAAUCCGAAGCAGUUCCAUUUUACAUGGCCCAAUUUAUCGUAUUAUUUAUUGUGUGGUCUGUCACUAUCUCCGGCGCGAGGUUAGCAGGCUGUGUGUAGCUCGAGCUGGCCGGUCGCCGCUGGCCGGCCGGCCCCUGACCGACACUGACCCAUAGCAAUAGGGGCGCCACCCGGGCCUCCUCCUGUAUGUCUGUCUGUGAGUGGGUGUGUCUGCGUGUGUCUCCAUACGCCCGAGCGGUCUGUGCGGCCCGCUGUGCCCGCACCUGGGGACUCGACACGCCGACAGCGGCCCUGACCGCCGCCCGGUCGACUAUAUCGCUUCUAGCGGCCGGGUCCGCACAACUGAUGUACAUAGCGACCCGCAGAGACAUAUGUGUAUUUAUAUACAGUGCGACGACUGCCCCGGCGCCCGUGGGCCCCAGAGCUGGACCAUGCUUUACUUGGACUCGACGCACUAUCAGCGCUGUGUGUGCUUAGUUCGCGAUGCGUGUUUUGUAUGGCGUUGCCACUUUUCGGGAGCUAACGAGUUUUGUGCCAAAUCUGGCGUGCGACGCUAGUGACGCGCGCCACCUGCCAUGCAUUUAGUUCAAGCGACGCCGCGCGACUAAUCACGAUCAGCGGGAGGGUGUUUUGUAUCAUUGUGCGACUGAUGGUGAAUAUAUGUCUGAUGUGACUGU